GUGGGCUCAACGAUUCGCUCAGAAGAUGCACAUACAUACCUGAGUAGGGUAGGAUAGGAGGCAAUGAAUCGUGACUUAUCUCGUUUGGUGAAUUCCAGAGUCCAGAGUCCAGAGUCCAGAUCACAUCUGUGGUCUUCGUACUUUCAAACGUGAAUAGAGUCAAAAGCAGUCACAUCGCAGCGUUUCAGAGGGCAUCUCGCCAAAGCCAUAGCGGGCGUGGCGAUAUCCAAGCUCCAAGUCCUUCCAAGUUCCAAGUGCUGCUCUCCUCAACUUAAGCUCACCAAGUACUGUACUUACAGUCUAUUUGUACCUAUGCGGUAGCUGGGCUGCGGGGCUUGUUUCUCCUGCUGGUUAGUCUUGUCCUUAACGUCUACACCUACACCUACGCCUACAUCCACAUCUACCUGGAACCCCAUCACCAGCUGCGCUGCGUACCAACGCCCACACUUACAGAAAUACCCUCACUUUCUUCUCCCCAGCCUAGGAUUUUCUGAACGGACAUAGAUUUCCCGUUGCCGCCUGCACUGUCCGGCCUGAGGUUCAGCGACCUUAUCGGCGCUCUUAUCAACCCUCGCAACAUCACAAACGACGCCAUCUCCCUGAUGCCAAUAUAAAUUCGUACAACCUUGAAACCCACACCGAGACCGAGAUAGAGGCAGAGGCAGAGAAGCAGGACAUCUUCGCCAUCCCGCAGUCUAAACUGGCUAUUUAAUAUUUGCACAGACGAAAGGCUCUCAUGGCUUCGACAUCUUCAGGCUCCUUUCACAAUUCCCCAGCUUCGACCGCACCCUCAACGGCGUCAGAAUCUUCCUCGAUGAACGCUACAUCUGCAGCGGCUGAGAAGCCUCCAGAUGAUACCAGCAAGCUGCGCAUGUUCUUGGGUAUCCUGCGAAAGUAAGUACUGCUGUUGGUGAAUCGGUGUGGUUGUUUACCUCUUACCGCCGUGAGAGGUGGGCAUGUCAAAUACCUCGAGUUGAAUUACGCCAAACAACAAGUGCCAGGAGUAGAAUUUGUUACUCAAUCUUCCCGCUAACAUCUCCCUUCGCAGGUUCAUUGGUGUGGCAGAUAUCGCAUCGGUUCGAUUUUCCUUACCUGCUCAGCUCCUCGAACCCACUCCCAAUCUCGAGUACUGGAAUUAUCUGGAUGCGCCGAGCACGUUUGUAGCCAUUGGAGACUCGGAUGAUGAACUAGACAGGAUGUUGGAAGUUUUACGCUUUUGGUUUACGAAGGAUUUGAAAUAUGUCAAAGGAAAGCCAUGUAAACCAUACAAUUCCUGUCUGGGCGAGUUCUUUCGAGUAAGAAGCAAAGCAAUUCUUGGACACAGGCAUAAUGCUCAACAACUGACAAGUGAUAGUGUAAUUGGGUUGUAGAAGAUAAUUUUCCACCUAUAAGUGCUGGGAAGUUGAUAUCUACAGCUGGCAGCAGUGCUGCUUCGUCAAUCAAAUCCGCGAAGCACACCCCCGUACCAUCGCGUGCGGCUUCCUCAGCUACUAUUCCAAAAACCGUCAACACCAAAUCUGGUCAACCUGUCAAGGUUUCGUACCUAACCGAACAGACGUCUCACCAUCCACCUGUCUCUGCCUUUUAUGUAGAUUGUCCGGAGAAAGGUGUCACUGCUCGAGGUUUUGAUCAAAUAUCUGCGAAAUUCACGGGAACCAGCGUCAAGAUUACUCCAGGAGAGCACAAUCUAGGAAUUUUUAUUACCCUUCAGAGAAGGGAUAACGAGCAAUACCAACUCACCCACCCGGCCGCUCAUUUGGGAGGCUUGAUUAGAGGGAGUUUGAACGUUACUGUUGGGGACGUGUGUUACAUUACAUGCCCUCAGACCAAGAUAAAAACCAUCCUUCAUUAUAUGGAGGAAGGAUGGCUUGGAAAAACGCAAAACAAAGUGGAAGGCGUCACAUUUCGUUACGACCCAGAAAACGAUAACAAAAUUAAGAUAAAAGAUGUUCCUGACAAGGAUGUCUUGGCUCGAAUAUCUGGAAAUUGGAAAGAACAAAUGCACUUCUCACUUGGGUCCAAAGCUGUAAGUCAAAUCUACUUGCCACAAACGACAUUGAGACUAAUUUGUACCUGAGGCUUCUGCCCAGCAUCUACUUGUUGAUCUUGCACCUUUGAACGUAGCAAGUAAGAUUCUUCCUCCUUUGGAAAGCCAGCUACCCAACGAGUCUCGCAAAUAUUGGUCGGGAGUGACCGAAGCCAUCCACUCGCGGCAAUAUGCCCACGCCACAACCCUCAAGCAAGAAUUGGAAGAAAACCAAAGACAGAAAGUCAAGCAACGUGAGACUGCUGGCGAGACAUGGAAACCGAGGUUCUUCACCGAAACCGUGACAUCGAGCGGAAAACCCGAGCUUACCGAAGCCGGGCGAAAGGUGCUAGACGGUCUACAUCAAGGCAAAUUUGAGCUCACGGAAAGCGAGGUCGUGAGUGCAUGAUCAGUCAGGGCAUUUUAAUGGAGCUUUUUAUGGACUUCUCGACUAUAUACCAAUUUGUCAACACAGAUUGUGGCGUUGUGACCCAGAUUUUCCUAAAGCAUACGUUCUUUUUUUUUGUUACGUAAUGGACCGGGGCGUUUCUGGAUAGGGGACGAGGCAAUGACAUUUCCGUCUGACGACGAGAUGAGGGGGAUGGAGGUAGAUUAUAGAGGCGAGCGUAUAUAUAUAUACUUGCAUAGACAUGGGACAUACUGGACAUGCAGGCAGGUACACGCAGAUCAAUGAAAUCGGAAUUUCACAGACAGAACUUGGAAGACGU